GGUUCAGAUCAAUUCUGAUCCCUGGAUCACCCCAAAUCACCUUUCCCGGAUAUCGGAUCUUAGGCGUGUACCUGCGUGUGCUCGCGCCCCCGCAGGCCCCGCGGGCUAAGUUGGGCUAGGGUUCUCUUCAUCGAGGGGUUUCAUAGUUUUCAUGCAGUCAUGCAUGUACCUAUCCAUGUUCACCUUCUGAAAACAAGGCCGCCUAAUCAUGAUGGAGGGUGUAGUAGGCAGUUCUCCGAAAUCCAAAACGGCAUGAUCACAGUAACAGUUACAUUUACAUAAGAAAUUCGGGCUGGUUCGUUAGCGUUCGCCGCUUUCUUGCAGAAAAAGAGUAGGAAGUAUACAGAUUGUUGGGUAGUUGAUAAGUAGAAGGAUCACAAACACGAUGGUUUCGCUUUCGUCCUCUACGAAUUUCUGCUUGUUUCCUUUGCUCGGCUCCACGAUGGCAGUACCGAUAAACGUUGACACAACGUUGGGGUUCCUGUCUCAUGCAGUUGUACUUUGCUGUAUAUUAUACGGAGCGGGAUGCAUGCAGGCAUGGUUUUACUAUCGCAAAUAUAGUAAAAGGGAUAGCUGGACUGUUCAAACUUUGGUGGCGGCAGUCAUCAUAUGCGACACAUGUCAGAUUGGAUUUCUCUACGCUGCUGUUUAUAACUACACUGUGACCAAUCAAGGAAACCCCCUGGCACUGGCAAAGCUAGAUCCCAAUCUAAUCAUCGAGCUGAUAUUUAGUGGAAUGAUUGCGUUUCUAGUACAGCAUUUUUACUGUUAUCGCAUUUACGCACUGAGCAAAAGCCGGUUGCUUUCGGGUUUCGUGUCUUUGACUAGUUUAGGCUCUUUAGUAACGCUCUAUUACUUCAUCGGCGUUGUACUUAGUCAAUAUACAGAGUUAGCCCAGUUAGCUUUGUUGGACAAUGUCUCUAUCGUCACCAAUGUACUCGGGAUUGUGUCCGAUCUCGCCAUCACUUUCCUUAUGAUAUUCCUUCUACAAAGGUCGAAAACGGGCUUCAAAAAUACGACUGAUGUUCUCAAUAGACUAAUCGUGUUUACGUUCAACACUGGCAUACCGACUUCACUAUGCUCCAUCGUGACUUUAAUUCUGCUCGAAGGCGUGCCUGGAACAUUUAUCUAUAUCUUUGUUUAUGUCUCCAUGGGUCGAUUUUACACCAACUGUUUGCUUGUGACGUUGAACUCGAGGGAUUACAUCCGUCAAGGUCUCAACUCCGACCUCACGUCCACCAAUGAGAAUUAUGCCCUGUCCAUUCCCAAUAACGCGCUAGAAUCCAGGCUGGAGUUCGCAGGAACUAACUCAACAACGGACGGUAUAAGUAUCAGAGUUGACAGAGAUAUUCAUACCAGUAGUGCAAAGCAUCGACGAGGAGACUCUCUGGACCUGCCGUGAAUUAAUAUGAAGACCGACGAACAUUUCUCAUGGAGGCGGUCUCUCUUAUUUGCUAGCAAGUUGCCGAGAUUUUGCGGUACGGAGCCAUGCGAGAUUUUUUUCACGAUUUUUCGGUCAAGCCAGACCCUCCCAGACCGACCUUGUAAUUAACUAUAUUGAAUAUUGAACCCGAUAAUAUCAGAUGAACCAAACUGACAGAAUCAAACAACCCUGCAUGUAGGGAUACAUAC